GGACGGGUCCAACACAUCUCAGCGUACUUUGUCCCGACUCCUCACCGUCGUUGCAUUUUCCUCAUUCGGUCCUCAUUACCUUCCUCCCUCCGUUCUGCCUUGCUGCUCAAGACGGUCGCCCUCGCUCCCGCCAUAGCCGUUUUCCCAUAGCCGUCCCUCUCCCUGCAUUCUUAUCACGCCCGCAAACCGCAUAUAAUCAUUCCCGCUUAGAGCGCAAACGAGGCAAGGAUGGGCCUAGCGAUGGGGACGUCCUCCUCUCCACGUGUCGGCAGGAAGGCAGGCGUAGCUCUUAUCGCACGAGCAUACCACGUCAGCAUGGCAGUUCUGUCACUCUACAUUGCCGCACAUGCCAGCGCCGCUAGGGAUCUUGAUUCUUAUUCGGCAGACGAUUUAUGGUUGUUCCCAAACUUCCCAUCACCGCUGCCGGAUACCGUGAACGGCGUGAAGGACGGGGCGGGGGGGUUUUACUGCUUUACCGGCUUCAAGAGAUGCAUGAGCGGCAUCGAGCAGUGCAUCCAAUGGGAGCGGGAGUGCGACGGAGUCAAGGACUGCGCUGACGGGUCGGACGAGGGCGAUCGAUGCAAGUCGUUCGACUGCAACGCUCGGGAUCGCUACAAGUGUCCAAGUGGGAGGAUGUGCAUGAACGUCAGGACAGGCACAGGGGGGCAAUGGCGAUACAGAGACGUCAUCGAUCCGUACAAUCAGUACUUGUGCGACGGAGUAAAGGACUGUGCGGACGGGUCAGAUGAAGACCCCAGCUUCUGCUCUUCCUACGACUGCAACGAGGACAUGCCGCACAUGCCACUGCGGAACUCGUCGCUGUUUGCAGAGACCUUACUCCCCUACAAGUCUCCUCCGCACAGGCUGCGGUGUCCUGGUGGAAGGGGAGGUUGCCUCGUGGAGAARAAGCUGUGCGAUGGUGUCGUGGAUUGCGUUGGCGAUGGCGGAAGCGACGAGAAGGACGAGUACUGCAAGAAGCGCGGAUGCUCGCCUUCUUCUCUCUCCAGCUUGUUUCAAUGCGAGAGCGGCAGGUGCAUCAACCGCCAGCGUGUGUGCGAUGGCAAGAAGGAUUGCCCCGACGGCGACGACGAAGGGGAGUUCUGCGAGAAGAUGGCCUGUUCCGCGAAGUCUGGGGUUACCUGGGAGUCGUGCGACAUSAAUCAGGGGAUGUGGAAGGACUGUCCGUUCCAUGGAAACAUUGGAAUKAAGUGCCCCGGGAGUAACCGCACGUGCAUCGUGGAGAGUCAGCUGUGCGACGGAGUGGAAGAUUGCCCCGGGGGAACGGACGAGAAGCAGUGCGAGACGCAUACCUGCUCGAACUGGCCGACGAAUCUUMAGAAGUGUCCAAGCGGGAGGGAGUGCGCUGCUUUCUUCAUGUGCAACGGCGUGAAGGAGUGCCGGGACGGCUCCGACGAGGAUCCCAGCCUCUGCCGCGCAUACAACUGCUCGUCCGCGCGACAUCCGCCGCUAUUCAGGUGCAAGGACGGCGUCACUUGCAUCAGUGCGGAGCUUGUCUGCGACAGGCAGAAGAACUGCCCGGACAAGUCGGACGAGGAUCCCGUCUUCUGUCGGUCGCAUCACAACUGCACCUUGGCUAAUCGGGCGAAGUGCCCGGGAUCCCGGUACGUCUGGUGCACGUUCCCCUGGGAUCUGUGCGACGGUGUACGUGGAAGCUGCUACGAGGGCGAGGAUGAAAACGCUGCGUUCUGUGCAUCCACGGAAGCACGUGAGCUGCUCGCGAAGCACGGGCGCAUCGCUUGCCUGAGCAACGACACGCUCUUCGUCCCUGGCAGUUAUUGUAACGGGGAAAAGGACUGCAAAGACGGGAGCGACGAGAGGGAGGACUUUUGCCAGGCGUAUAGAUGCCCGAAAUGGACGGUCAAGUGCUACGGCAAGUGGUGCACGAGGGGCAAGCGCUGCGACGGGAAACAAGAUUGCCCGGAUGGCUCAGACGAGCAGGGUUGCAGCACGUAGGAGGGUUGCAGACGAGAAGGAACGGCAGCCUUUGUGUUCCUUGACGAGAACGAGAGCAAAAGGGAAAAUGCCGGAAGCUUG